AAAACAAAAUUUCAAAUUGGCGUCACCAAGACAACUGACGCUCGGCCUCGUUCUCUUCUCGGAUUGGCGGAACAAUUUUGGCGGGCGGUCUACGCCACCUAUGUAACGCCGAUCGCGGCAUACCGAACUCAAACGCCGUUAGUAAGCUUCGAUUCGAGAAGUGAGAAUCAUUAAAAAUGUCCGACGAAGCAUCCACACCGUCGAAGAGGGGUAGGAAAUCGGCGUCCGAAAAGUCGCCGGCCGCCGAAAAAGCCGAGUCGAAGAAGAGGGUGAAGAAAGAUGCGAGAGACGACGACGAAGACGGUCCGAGUCCGGUGAAAAGGGGAAGGGGCAGACCGAAGGGCACGACCAAAAAGAAGAGCGCUGCCAAGGCCAAACCAAAAUCCGCCAAAACAACAGGUCGCCGCGGACGGCCCAAGAAGGAGGAGAAGCCAGAAGACUCAACUGAAGAAGAUGGAGACGACAAAGACGACGAGGAUGACGUAGAAGAAGACGAAGAUGAUUAAACAACACUUUUAAAACGCGACGUAAUGAAAUUCACGUACCUCAAAAUGUUCCAAGUCGUGUCGAAAUUUUUAUUAGGGAAAUUGGCGUAUGUGUGUGUCUUGCCCAAUUUUUUCAUUUUAUAAUUCCUAUCCAUCCCCCUUGAAUUUUAUUUUAAAUAAUGAUCUCUUGUAGUAGUUUUGUAUUGUGUAUUGUAUGAUGUUUGGAUCUGAUAUAUUAAAAUUUUAAACUCUA